AUGCUGCUGACAGAGGUAUUGAAUGCAACGUACGGCGCAUUGUUCAUCGGACUGCUCUGCGCCGCCGUGUUGUUCGGCGUCACCAACUUGCAGAUUUUUGUUUACUUCAAGACAUACUCUGAGGACUGGAUCGUUUACAAAGUCGCGGCAGCAGGGCUCUGGUGUCUGGAUGCACUCCACCUCUGUCUUGCGGCACACGCCGUGUACUUCUACCUCGUCAUACAUUUUGGUGUGUUUGAUUUGGACGUUGUGUGGUCUUUCAAGCUACAGAUGGCCCUUAACAUUAUCACUAUCCUCGCGGUCCAGUCUCUAUAUGUGUUUCGUCUUUGGAAGCUCAACGGUUCUUUCCGCCGCAAAUUUUUGCUUUCCUUCGUGACUGUAUCCGUUGUUCUGGGGUAUGGUGUCGGCAUAGCUGCUUUCUAUUUUCUAUAUACCAUACAUACAUUCUUUCAAGCGGAGAAAAUGGGGUGGCUGAUCUAUAUGACCUUCGGGACGUCGACCGUGGUGGAUGCUACUAUCGCUGGCGCUUUCUGUUGGAUACUAUGGACUCAUCGGACGGGUAAUCCAAAAUCCAAUUCCAUCAUCUAUAGCAUCAUAUUGUAUGUCAUAGGCUCCGGCGCAUUGACAAGCAUGUGCUCCAUAACCUGCCUCGCGACGUUUGGUGCCAUGCCCGGCACCUUUUCCUCUUGGGGAAUCAAUUUUUUGCUCAACAAAUUAUAUGUCAACUCGUUCUUGGCAGUUCUGAAUGCUCGCCAGUCCUUGAAGGAUAGACGCCUUGACGACGAUCCGAUAUGCGUAGCGGCCUAUGAACACGGGAACGCUGCGUUGCAGCUGGACAAGGAGUUUGGAAGGGCUACCAAUAGCUCUGUCAAGCAGGAAAUGAAUAAGCUAUCAUCGCCGACUCAUCAUACUAGGAGUAUCGAAAUAAUGAUACAGCAGGAAGCGUUUACGCGGGUCGGCUGA